AUGAGACUCACUCUCUAUUUGAUCAUGUUGAUUCAUACUUGCAUCGUUGUGUUUGCUAUAAAAAAUAAUGUGACAUUACCCAAGUUCUCGUCCAUUUUAGUCUUUGGAGAUUCACAAGUGGAUACAGGUAAUAACAACUACAUUAAUACUCUAGUUAAGGCAAAUCAUCUCCCUUAUGGUAAGGAUUUCCCUGGUCACAUACCCACUGGUAGAUUCUCUAAUGGAAAAUUAGUUCCUGACUUCCUUGCCUCUAUAUUGAACAUCAAAGAUACUGUCCCUCCUUUUCUGGAGCCAAACCUAUCAAAUAAAGAGCUUUUAACUGGUGUUACUUUUGCAUCAGCUGGAUCAGGUUUUGAUGAAGUGACUUCAGCUCCACUCAAGACCAUAUCAAUGUUCAAGCAAAUUGAAUAUUUCAAAGCUUAUAUAGCAAAGCUCAAAUACAUUGUAGGAGAAAAUGAAACAAAAUGGAUACUUGAAAAUGCUCUCCUUGUUGUUUGUGUAGGACCUAAUGACUUCAUUUUCAAUUUUUAUGAUCUCCCCUUGAGAAGUUUGAUGUUUAGCAUGGAUAAGUACCAAGAUUACCUGCUUGAUAAGCUUCAAAUCUUCGUUAAGGUCCUAUAUGACCUUGGAUGCCGAAAAAUAGGUGUUGCUGGACUUCCUCCUAUUGGUUGCCUACCUAUUCAAAUAACAGUAAAGUUGGGAAGGGGUCGGCAAUGUAUAGAGAGUGAGAAUUCAGAUUCUGAGUUAUAUAAUAAAAAAUUGAUGCAGAUAUUACCUCAAGUACAAGCUAUGCUUCCCGGAAGCAGAGUUGUUUAUGCAGACUUGUAUUAUUUUACACUCGACCUUGUCCAUCAACCUGGAAAAUACGGUAUCUUGGUGACAAACGAUGGGUGUUGCGGGAGUGGCUUAAUUGAAGUAUCACCAUUUUGUAAUGAAUUCACACCAGUAUGCGAUGACCCUUCAAAAUAUAUAUUUUGGGACAGUGUCCAUUUUAGUGAAGCAUCAUACCUGUAUCUUGCUAAGCAUAUUGAAAAAGACGUCCUGCCCCAGUUCAACUCUUACCUUAUCUUACCAUGUAUAAAAGUUAAAGCAAUGACCUACACAAUUCACUUCAUCGUUAUGAUGCAAGUUUGCACCAUUGUUGCUGCUGCAAGCAAUGACUUAAUGAGACUCAAUUUUUCAUCUAUUCUGGUGUUUGGAGAUUCAACAGUAGACACAGGCAACAACAAUUACAUAAACACUUUGGCCAAAGGAAAUCAUUUGCCUUAUGGCAAGGAUUUCCCAGGCCAUGUGGCAUCUGGUAGAUUCUCUAAUGGAAAAUUGGUUCCUGACUUCAUUGCCUCUACGUUGAAUCUCAAAGACACUGUUCCUCCUUUCCUUGAUCCAAAGCUAUCAAAUGAAGAACUUCUUACAGGUGUAAGCUUUGCAUCUGGGGGAUCAGGUUUUGAUGAUUUGACUACAGUUUUAUCCGGUGCUAUAUCAGUGUCUAAGCAAAUUAAAUACUUCAAAGAAUAUGUGUCAAAGCUGAAGCGCAUUGCAGGAGAAAAUGAAGCUAAACGAAUACUUGGAAAUGCUCUGGUUAUUAUUAGUGCAGGAACUAAUGAUUUCCUUUUCAAUUUUUAUGACAUUCCCAUUAGAAAAUUGGAGUUCAACAUGAGUGGAUACCAAGAUUAUGUGCAGAAUAGGCUUCGAAUCUUCAUCAAGGAACUAUACGACCUUGGAUGCAGAAAAUUCGCUGUCACUGGGCUUCCUCCCAUCGGUUGCAUACCCCUUCAAAUAACAGCCAAGUUUUCAUUUUCAAAGGAUCGCAAAUGUGUGGCAAAAGAGAAUUCAGAUGCCAAACUUUACAAUCGAAAAUUAUCACAGCGAUUGCUUCAAUUCCAAGCAAUGCUUCCAGGAAGCAGAGUUGUUUACACUGAUCUUUAUGAGCCAUGUAUCAACCUUAUCAAUCAUCCACAAAAAUACGGUUUCAAGGAAAGUAGUAGAGGGUGUUGCGGAACUGGCUUAUUUGAAGUAACACCGUUUUGUAAUGAAAUCACACCGAUAUGUGAUGACGCCUCAAAAUAUGUAUUUUGGGACAGUGUCCAUCCGACAGAAGCAGCCUACCAGUAUUUUGCCAAGUACAUCCAAAUGGAAGUACUGCCCAAGUUCCAACAUGAUGCGUAUUAUAUUUUAUAA